AUGACGCCCAGGCCAUACGCGGUGAUAACUGCUCUUGGAAUCCUGGGGGAUGAGGACUCACUAGCCAUGCUGUCCCAUUUGAGAAGUGAAUUUGAACUGGACAGAAUAUGUGGUUAUGGGACUGCCCGCUGCCGGAAGAAGUGUCAAAACCAAGAAUACAAAAUUGGAAGAUGCCCCAACACCUAUGUAUGCUGUUUGAAGAAAUGGGAUGAGAGCUUACUGAAUCUUACCAAACACUGAAACGCAGUCGUGCUGGUCCCUAGAGUCCCUGGAAGCAGGACCUCGGUGACUUUCCUUCCUCAGGCUUUGCAGCAAGGCCGUCCCCAGUGCAAUCACGGAUCCUUAUCAAACGAGGUUUGCUGAGCUUCCCGUCGAUGCAAAGCCAAGCCAGGAGAUCGAAGAAGAAUACAGGCUGGAAGGCCGCCUCUGGUUGUGACAAUGGAGGACAGCAAUGCAGAUGAAGCAUGAGUUUCAAUGCCUUACAAGUUGAACAACAAAAUAUAUCUACCUAAUCAGCUGUAAACCUAAGAAAAACAUCAUUUUUAUCCUAAUACUGGUUUUCUUUUCUGAUCAAAAGUUUUG